AUGCGAACAUCUUUAUCUAAACAACGUUCAAAAAUAUACAUCCAUCGUCGUAAAAUAUUCAUAGCUGUUAAUGAACAAUCAACAAAAUCUAAAGGACGAAAACAACAACAUCAACAACAAUUAUUUAAUACAAAUUUAUCAUCAAUCUAUUCUUUAGUACCAACAGCACCGGCAACAGCAACAACACAAGCACCAUCAAUAUCUAAUAAAUUGUCUUUGGUUGAACAUAAAGCACAUGUACUGAAACUCAUUCACAAAUGGUGUUCGGAUAACAAAGAAAAUUUUCAUUUAGAACAUUUUGAUUUACAAGAAAAUUUUGAUUUUUUUUUAAAUAUUGAUUAUGAUGAAAGUUCUGAUGUUGCAAAAGAAUUAACAUUAAGUCGACAGCAGCAGCAACAAUCAACACCUGUUACAUUAACAUCUUCAAAUCGAUCAAAUACAUCAUCAAUAGAAGUAGCUGCUGUUUCACCAACUAACGCACAAACAACAACUCAAAUGGAUUCUUCAGCAUUACCAAAUGAAACUGUACAUAAUGGUGGUAAACGUCGUUUAAUAUCACAAUAA